UGCUUGCAUUUGUUGCUCGACCCAAAGAUGCAUGAAGCAUGAAGCAUGCAGCAUGCUAACCUAGUACACUAGUAGAUCCAUCUCCCGAGUCCAGAAGAGAGUGGGGGUUCCAUUAGAUGACAUUAGAUGAAGAGUCAAUAUUUUCUCUCUCUCACUUCGCUUACGAAGUACAUGUAUUCACUCAAACGAGGCGUAUACAUACAUAGGUCUCGUGCCCUCCUCGAAAUCUUACUCCCCUUCUCUCCCUUGGUCUCCUCAGUUAUCUCCGUAUUCCGAGGCUUAAAUAAGAACCCUCUAUCCACCGUAGCGGGAGGAAGACGUUUUCUAGAAAGACUAUAUAUAACAUAGUUAUCCAACUACCACUUACUCUCACUUACUCCCACUCAUUACUACGUAGCAAAUAGUCUCAAUUAUUAAAGCGUCCCACCGUUGUCUCUACCCCCUUCUACUUCGUACAGAAAUAUCGACCUACCUAGAUUAAGAUAUCUACAUUGUCGCCAUGUCUAGCGCUUGGGAAGCACUUAUGCACAUGAUGCGAAGCCGCGUCUCAUUCUUCGACGACUCCGCGCAGUCCCCCGCGAAGGGAUGGAGGGGAUCCAAGCUGCCAUCCGAAGCAGCCGACAGCUACUUCCCCGAGCGAACGCCGUCACCUGCAUCAUCUAUCUCGGAGGCGGAAGACGACGCUCCCACGCCCGUCGCCAAAGCGAAUCGCAUGAUCGGUCCCGAAUAUCCCAUCCCGCCUUUGGAGCGGGACUACAGCCCUCCGACCGAGGAGCUCGACGUCGCGCAGCAGCUGGCCAAGAAGCCCCUGCCGCGAUCGCUGCACAGCUCCCUCAAGCGCGCGGCCUCCAGGACCGCACUGAAGCCCGUGGACGACGAGGAGACUAGGCGGCAGAAGCUCGCUGCCGCUAAGAAGGAGCUACUCGCCCUAGCCGGCCAGCUCUAAUUACGGGGACUACAUAGUAGUCUAGAAGCUUUGGAAUUUUCUUCGUGGGAUAUCGUCUAGAGUGGUAGAGUGGAUAUAAAAAAAGGGGGGAGGAUACUAUGGCAAACCGACAUCGCAUUGAGCAAGCUUCCCUUUGUAUGCAUUAUACCCAGGGAUCGGUGCGUAUUAGAUACGCUUACUGUUUCGGAAUGUUUUAAACCGGCGUACUGUUACUUGGUGGGACAGCGGAAAUUGAGAGCAAAUUAUAACUGGGAUUCCUAGCAAUUUGGAGCUCGUGCCUUUUUUUAUUUACGGGAAGGACUG